AAAACAAUCUCCAAAAACUUCGCAAUUCAUUUCUACUUCCUAGAUUUCUUAUACAAUCAGUGAUUUUAGAAAAACAGAUGACGAGUAAAAUUGCUUCAAUCACCAACAUUGUUACUCAAAAUUCAUCUUCUGCUUACUUCAAUGGUCGCGGUAAUCUUCUUCAUUUCUCUCCUCCUUUCCUUUUUCCUUUAUCUCGUUUUCAAUUUCGAGAUUAUUAUAGUUAUUGCGCAAAAGAGGAUUUUGAAGUUGAUGAACCUCAAAUGUUCCUAAAAUCUGUGAGACAUGAAUGCAAAUUAGGGUUUUGCAACAUUAGUCGUCCCCUUUCUAUGUUUGAUGCUAUGAUAUCUUUGAGUCCUCUUCCUAGUAUAAUUGAUUUCAAUCAGCUUUUAAGUGCAAUGUGUAAGAUGAAACCCCACCCCCCUUUCUCCACUGUUAUUUCUCUCUUUAGGCAGCUUCAGCUGUCCGGCAUCUCACCCAAUCUUUAUUCCCUCAACAUCUGUGCCAAUUGUUACUGCCGCUCUGGUCGUGUUGAUUUCGGGUUUUCCAUUCUCGCCAAGUUGUUUAAGUUUGGCCAUCAACCCACUAUUGUCACUUUCACUACCUUAAUUGACGGCCUUAUUCAUUUUGAUCGACUGGACGAAGCUGUUCAAUUGCUCGAUAAGACCAUCAAGCUUGGCUUCCGACCUGACAUCUUCACCUAUGGGACUAUGUUUAAAGGUCUCUGCAAACGAGGAAACAAUGUUGGUGCUCUUAAGUUGCUUAGGACUAUGGAAUCUCAUGGCCAUUACUUGCCUAAUGUUGUCAUAUAUAAUACCGUCAUUGAUAGUCUCUGCAAAGAUAAGUUUUUAUCUAAAGCCCUCAAACUUUUUGAGGAGAUGAAACACAAACACAUUUCCCCUAAUGUCAUCACUUACAAUACGCUAAUUCGUGGUAUGUGCACUCUGGGGAAGUGGAAAGAUGCUCAAGAGAUGUUGACUCAGAUGUUGGACAACAAUGUAGUUGCUGAAGUGGAGACCUACAACAUGUUGAUUGACAUGUAUUGUAAAGAAGGGAUGGUUGCUGAAGCAAGGGCUAUAUUUGAUUCCAUGAUUGACACUGGUGAGGUUCCAAAUAUCAUCACUUACAAUGCUUUAAUAGAUGGAUAUUGCUUAUGUGGUGAGAUGGAAGAGGCUGAAAAGGUAAUGGAUUUGAUGGUAAAACAUGAAUGCAAACCUGAUGUGGUUACUUUUAGCAGCUUAAUCAAUGGAUAUUCAAAGGCUAAAAAGGUUGACGAAGCUGUGCAUCUUUUCCAAGAAAUGCCACAUAAAGGACUUACUCCUAAUGUUGUCACAUAUAGCACUCUAAUUGAUGCCCUGGGCAAGGACAAUCAAGUACAUUUUGCACGCAAGCUCUUUAAAGAUAUGGAAUCUCAUGGCUUAAAACCAGAUGUAGUCACUUAUAGUUCGUUGAUUCAUGGUCUAUGUCAAAAUGCACUGAUUGACGAGGCAUCACAUUUUAAUCACAUGAAGAGCAGUGGUGUGCUACCCGAUACUUUCACGUACACUAUCUUUAUUGAUGGCUUGUGUGAAGCUGGCCGACUUGAAGAGGCUGUGAAUAUCUUCUCCUUUCUUGUAGCUAAGGGGUUACCUCUAGAUGUGCGUACCUACACCGCAAUGGUCAAAGGAUUUUGUAAGAAAGGGCUACUAACUGAUGCGAACAAGCUGAUAAAGAAAAUGGAAGAUGAUGGAUGUCCUCCAGAUGGGUGCACCUACAAUACAAUUAUCAAGCGAUUCCUUCAUGGUCAUGAUGUGAAAAAGGCGUUGGAGCUUGUCAGCAUUAUGACCAGCAAAGGUUUUGCAGCUGACACUGAAACUACUUCGUUUUUAUUUCACUUACUCAAUGAUCCUAGAAUUAGCGAAGAAAACAAGGCCUUGCUUCAAAAGUUCUUCGAAUUAUGAGUAAGUACUUUGUAGAUGCAGAAGUUAAUAUUUUUAGUCUUACCUAUCAUCUAUCAUUAUCAUUUUACUGAAUGAAGUCUGUUUAUGAAGGCAGAGAUCUUCAUCUUGAUGCCUUGAAUUCCUUCCCUAUGCUUGCCUCUCUUAAAAUGCACAAUUUAUAUACUUCCUAAAUUUAUAGGCAUGUAAAAGUGAAAUGGUUUCAAUUUUACGAGCACACAUGAUUGUGAAGCUUUUGUACUAGGAGUAUAAUCCAACUUUUAUAGCUAGUGAGUGUUGAUGUACCUUGGUAGAGAAUAUAACUGCAUUUUUUUUCUACACCAGGUUCCAAAUUUAUGUACGAGAAUAAUCUCAGAUUAUAUGCUAUAUUCUUGAUUACUUUUCUUCAAUCUGCGCGUCAUAACAAGGAGGCAAGGUGUUUGAUUAUUUUGUAAUGGUGUGCCGUAGGAUAGUCUGGUUCGUGGAUUGGGAUAAGAUAAGAUCGACAUAUGUGAAAAAGAAAACAGUCGUUUUAUGUGAAGUCUUUCAGAUUUUUAUGAUGUGAAGAAAGUUCAGGGUGGUGCACCUGUCCCCCCCUCAAUUUCCACAGUAAUAAGAAAACAGGUGGUACUGCUUGCUUGUUAUCCUGCUCUUCUGGAGCUAUAGAAAUCUUCACAUGUUUUUUUUUUUCUUUGUAGUUGUUUAGGUUCAAUUCAGUCUUGAAAAUCCCAAAUUUCUUUGCUAAUAGUUUUAUUUUCUUUUAGAUAUAUGUAUAUAUAUAUAUGUACAUAUAUUUAUAUAGAUAAUGUGUGUGUGAUGUUGUUGACUAAUAGUUUAGGAAAAGGAAAUGAAGUAUGAAUUUGAAAUGAUUUUAACAUUGAGCAUGAUUCAUUUUGCUUGAGAUUUAGGAGAACUUGCAACUUGGAGGUUAUUCCAUGACAAAUUAGAAUAAUAUAAGCUUCGUGCACAUUUAGAUAGUUUGAUAAACGAUUGUUUAGGGGAGUUUGUAGGAAAAGGUAGAAUCAUUUCUAUGGGUUUAACUUUUUAUUUUUAUUUUAUGCUUUGUGGUUCCCUCUUGUGUCUUUAGAGUUGCUAUGUGAACACCUUGUUAACAUGCUCUUAUACUAAUGAGGCACAAGAGUUAGAUGUAGUAGGAAGUGGCUGGAAGUGUAAGGUUGUUGUGGUACACAUAUCUUUCUCUACAUACUUUAUGAGUUCUACAUAUGUAUUUUUUUUAAGAGAUGAAUUAUAUCAUAGAAAUAGAAGAAGUUCUCUAUUUAUCUUUCUUGAAUUUCUCUCUUUUUAGGCAGACAUAGAGCAAGGUAGUAUUGGAAGAGGAAGAGAGAAGCAGCCAAGAGGAAGAGAGCACUAGUGGCAACACAAAAAUGGGUUUUCAUCCAAUACAAUGGAAUCACCGAAUCAGUUAAAGGUUAGCAAACAUGUACUUAUGGCUUAAGAAGGGAUCCUGGGAAGGCUAGGAAGAAACCUGUUGGGAUUUUACAUGUCAAGGUUGUGAAAGCGAUGAAUCGAUAAACGAAGGAUUUUCUUGGAGCUGCCGACCCAUAUGUCAAGAUGAAACUUACAGAGGACAAGCUUCCUUCGAAGAAAACUACUGUCAUAUUUGAAAAUCUAAAUCAUUAAUGGAAUCAAGAAUUCGCUUUGUCAAAAAUCCACUGACUUAUUGAACAUUGAAUUUUUUUGCAUUCUGUUAUUAAGUACAAUUCUAAGCGGUCAGUCUUCAUCGAGGGCUGCCCAAUUAAUUACUUAGCUAUAUCAAGUAAAAUAUGUCUCAAAAUUUGAUUUGAUGAUUGUAUGUGAAACAUAUAUGACUGUAUGAAUUAGGCAAGUAUGUC